AAGUAAUUCCACAUAUAUUUCAGAGAUUUUUAUGUUAUUAAUUAUUUUAUAGCAAGCAUGUGCCGCUGCUUCUAGUACUCCUUUAGAAGACACAGAGGCAGAGAUUUUGAGCACCUUAAUAUUUAGAUGAGCUGGUAAACUCUUCAAGCGACUCGGAUGACUUCUUAAAUUUGAUAAGGGAAAACUCCGACAGUGAAGAUGAAGCGAUAUUUAAAGAAGUAAUCCAAAUACGGCAAAGCAGAAAUAGCAUUAAAAACUAUUUUGAAGAAGUAGUUCUCACAUACACUGGUGAAGAGUUCUUAAAACAUUUUCGGAAUUCCAAGGAGUUGUUCGCUAGUUUAACAAUGAGAUAUGAGCAAUCCGAUUCAUAUAAAAUACUUAGGGAUGAUAAGCGUUUGUCAGCUGCGAAAAGUCUGGCUGUGUUUUUGUGGUUUGCCGGUCAUGAGGCUUGUAGCCUCCGUGAUUUAUCCGACCGGUUUAAUUUAACAGUCUCAAGUAUUUCCCGAGUAAUUGAUAGGGUGGCAAUGUUCAUAAGCGGAUUGAGCCCUGAAGUUAUCAAAUGGCGCAGCAACGAAAGGAAACAAGAAUCUGCCAAUUACUUUGCUCAGCUUGGUUUUCCGAAGUCAAUAAGGUGCAUAGAUGGGACGCAUAUUAGAAUAAGUCCCCUUUCAGAACGCAAAGACGAUUAUAUUGCCCGAAAAGGUCAUAUAACAUUAGUUAUGCAAAGCAUUCGUGAUGAAAGAAGGAAGUUUAUUAAUGUUUUCGUCGGAUUUCCGGGAUCUAGUCACGACAGUUGGGUUCUUCAAAACUCUCCCGUUUAUAAUAACCUAACAACAUUGUGCGGAGAUUACUAUUUGCUUGGGGACUCGGCUUAUCCCUGUAGUGAUUGCAUUAUAACUCCAUUCAAAGACAAUGGCCAUUUGACAAGGGACCAGAAAUAUUUCAAUAAACAACUAAGUAAAUGUCGCAUUUUAAUUGAGCAUUCUUUUGGCAUAUUGAAACAGCGAUUUCGACAAUUGUAUUACUGCAAGUUGAAAGAUAGUGAAGAAGAAGAAAUUAACGAGGACGAGGAAAACAUUAUACCAACCAGAAACAUCAAUGUUAGAUAUAUUAUUUGUCAGGCAUUAAGUAAUAGACGACGAGAGUUGUAA